CUGUCGCUGUUUGGAUAUUUUCGGAUCCGCGAUGGAGCGUCUGUGGAUGCGCGCUGUCAGAGGCCGAUGGCGCACACUGUUUGUCGUUCUUUGUCUCUGUGAGCUGCGCUCCGUGAGCGGACAGGCUCGCUAUUCCAUACCGGAGGAGCAGGCGGAAGGCUCUUUCGUGGGGAACAUUGCCAGAGAUUUGGGCUUGGAUGUGGCCAGACUAGUAGCAGGUAAAGCUCGUAUUAUUAGCAAAGGAGGCCGACAGUAUGUUGAUUUCAAGCCAGACAAAGGCACACUUGUCAUUCAAGAGCGCAUCGACCGAGAGGAGCUUUGUGGAAAGACGACGCCCUGCAGCUUCACUUUCGACAUCAUUUUAGAAAAUCCCAUCCAACUUUAUCCCGUUCGCAUCCUGAUCCGGGACCAGAACGACAACGCCCCUCAGGUCCUGUACCCGGUCCAGCCGCACGCCGAAAUGGUGCCUCGUUCGGCAGACGCGGGCUAUCUGGUGACUAAAGUGGUGGCCGUGGAUGUGGACUCUGGACAGAACGCCUGGCUCUCCUAUAAAGUGCAGCACAAAUUUGGGGGCGCAGACAGGGGGGCGCUGUUUGAAGUGGGCCUCCACAAUGGAGAAAUGCGAACUGUCCGCCAAGUGACUGAUAAAGAUGCUGUCAAACAAAGACUGACUGUCGUAGUGGAGGACAACGGGCAGCCCUCUCGUUCGGCUACGGUCGCGGUGAACGUGGCGCUGGCGGACGGCUUUUCCGAAGUGCUGAGGUCGGAGUUCGCCGACGACUUUAGCGAGGACUACGACGACCGGCUGACUUUUUACUUAGUCUCGGCUUUGGCCGCGGUCUCCUUCCUCUUCGUCGCCUGCUUGCUGCUUAUCGUGUCGCUCAAAGUGUACAGGUGGAGACGGUCUCGCGUCCUGUACCGCUCCGACCUCCCCGUCAUUCCGUAUUAUCCGCCGCGCUACUGCGACACUUUGGGGACGGCGGGGACGCUCCCGCACGUCUACAACUACGAGGCGUGCGCCGCCGCCAAGAGUCACGUGACGAACACGCAAGCCGUGAGUCAAAGUUUAGUGAGUGUGGACGGAGCGGACGCUGACGUGCCGCACGGCGGCGAGCAGACGUCGGGGAACUGCUCUCGGAUGUCGACUUUGUGCAGCUCCCUCCUCUGUCGCUGCCAUUUGGCACCAGAGAGCUUCGCGUGA